GUGUGUGGGUGUGCGUGUCUGUAUGUGUUGCAGGAGGAAGCAGCCACUUACAGACACCUGGGUGCCAUACUGAGACACUGCAUCAUGAGCACCUCAGAGGGAGAAGAGCGCACGGAGGAGAUGCACAGCCACACGGUGAACCUUCUGGGGAACCUGCCGCUUCCGUGUCUUGACGUCUUGCUGAUGCCUAAAGUCCAGCAGGGCUCUAUCGAGUACAUGGGCGUCAACAUGGAUGCCGUCAAGGUGCUGGUGGAGUUUAUGGAGAAAAGACUCGAACGGGUGAGCAAUGCAAUACUUCUGUUGUGCAAAAGUGUACUGUUAAUAUUUCAAAACAUCCCUUAA